CCCAUUACAAAGCCACCGAUGACUCUUCCAUGCCAAGCAUCCAAACAUCUGCCAAAAGGCUCUUAAAUCGAAUGGAAUAACUCAAGAUUUUGCAAAAUAUCAACUGUCAAACCAUGGCGCGGCGGUUUGGUGUGCUCCAGCGACUUCCUCGUGGCCACUUCAACUGCUGCUGAGCUGGAGAGAACACCACUGGGAGGGAGGGGCCUCUUCCUCCCAGCAAGAUAAUGCACACCUUCCCUGUGCUGAUCUCAGCAGCCACCAUGAGCAACAUGACAGUCCUCGACACUGCUGAACCCUACGAUCUCGACAUGAGCACCUCCGACGCUAUCUACCCCAUCAGCUUCCAGGUCUCUCUGACAGGUUUCCUGCUGCUGGAGAUUGUUUUGGGCCUAAGCUCCAACCUGACAGUGCUGGUCCUCUACUGUAUGAAACAGAACCUCAUCAGCUCUGUCUCCAACAUCGUCACGAUGAACCUGCAUGUAGUGGAUGUGUUGGUGUGUAUAUGCUGCAUCCCGCUGACGGCCGUGGUGGUGCUACUUCCCCUGGAGGCGGACACAGCCAUGGUUUGCUGUUUCCAUGAGGCCUGUGUCUCCUUCGCUAGUGUGGCCACUGCCGCCAAUGUGCUAGCCAUCACCCUGGACCGCUAUGACAUCUCAGUACGGCCAGCCAACCGCGUGCUGACUAUGGGCCGUGCUGUGGCUCUGCUAGGGUCCAUCUGGGCUCUGUCCUUCCUCAGCUUCCUAGUCCCCUUUAUGGAAGUGGGCUUCUUCAUCCAUCCUGGAUCUGACCUGGCGAACCAGACUGCAGUGGUCACAGUGGCUCAUACCAAUGAGUAUUACACAGAACUGGGUUUGUACUAUCACCUUCUAGCCCAGAUUCCCAUAUUCUUCUUCACAGCUAUGGUAAUGCUAGUGACCUACUACAAGAUCCUUCAGGCUCUUAAUAUCCGCAUUGGUACACGAUUCCAGCACAACCUACCCAAAAAGAAGCAACGCAGUAAAAAAAAUAUCUCUUUGACCACUGCCACACAGGCAGAGUCGACUGACGGCUCACAGAGCAGCACAGGCGUCCGUGGAGGUGGGAAUGCACCUUUGGGCAUGCGGGCGUCAGUGUCCGUCAUCAUCGCACUAAGAAGAGCGGUAAAGCGUCACCGGGAGAGACGGGAAAGGCAGAAACGAGUCUUUAGAAUGUCUCUUCUUAUCAUCUCCACGUUCCUGCUUUGCUGGACACCCAUAACUGUGCUCAACACGGUCAUCCUCAGCACUGGGCCCAGUGAUUUCACCGUCCGCCUUCGCCUGGGCUUCCUGGUGAUGGCCUACGGGACGACUAUCUUCCACCCGCUCCUUUACGCCUUCACCCGGCAGAAGUUCCAAAAGGUUUUGAAGAGCAAGAUGAAGAAGAGGGUGGUUUCCGUAGUGGAGGCUGAGCCGACACCAAACAACGUGGUUAUCCACAACUCAUGGAUUGACCCCAGGAGGAAUAAGAAGGUCACUUUUGAAGACACAGAGGCAAGACAAAAGUGUCUCUCCUCGCAAGAUGUGGAAUGACAGCAUUUCCUGAAAUUUGUAGAAUAAAACCAGAGAACUGGUAAUACUCACAAAGGUGAAACUACAGAGUCUCUUGAAGGAAUUGAACUCUAAAGUGUGUUGAUAAAAUAACAGGUGUUUCUUGGUGGAUCUAGAAUAUUGUUUAAGGAUACUUUACAAAUACCUAACUGGCUGGUAUUUGGGAAAAACAAAACAUGGAAUGACAGAUGACGAUGGGGAAAUACUUUACAACACCGGAGGUGCUAAUAGAGGUGGACUCUCUUACAGAUGGAGUACAUAAUGGAUACUGACACUCUUGGGGCAGCUUGCUGAAUGAAAAUUCAAAUGGUCACAGAAAAGGAGACCUUUCACACUAAAGCAGAGGAGUUACAAGAUAGAAAUGAGGAGAUUAUUUAAUAUAAACAUCACAUGUAAAAAGGGAAACUACCAGCAGCUACCUGUGUAGAAGUUCAAGGACCACUUCACAGCCAUGGGUUGAGCCUUUUUCUACAUUAAUUAUUUCCCUGAUGCAAAAAAAAAAUGUAAUGUUGAAAUAGGUGUCAUAGCCACAUGAAGAGGGAUAAUUUAUUGCUAUUUAUUGUGGAUAUUGUGGAGUGGUGUCAAGGACAAUUUAGUAACAAAUCUGUAUCUAAACUGCAGUGCAUGUCGUUCUUUGGUUAGCGCAAUAUGAGACAAAUGUCUAUAAUGCUGUACAGUCAUAGAAUACCUUGAUAGUGUUCGUCACCUUUUGUAAUAAAUAACUAAAGGCACAAUAUG